GGAGCUCGGCGCGGUUGGACUAUGGCUGAGGUGGGCCGGGCGGCGGUGCGCGACCCUGGGGAGCUGCUCCCGGGGGGCUUCUGGGAGGCGGUGGCCGUGUGGCUGGAGAAGCCGCAGGUGGCCAACAAGCGGCUGUGUGGCGUCCGCCUGGAGGCCCGGCGGAGGGCCGCCCUGCCCCGGGUGUCGCCCCGCGGCCGCAGGCCCAACGCGGGCCCCGAGCAGGAGGAGCCGGGAGCGGCCGGACGGGGUCCGCGCCCCCCCGAGGGGGGCCCGGGUCGCGGGCCCGAGGAGUCCCGGCACCGGCGCCAGCAAGGGGAGGGCCCCGGGGAAGCAGCCGCGGCGCCCCUGCUCGUAGAGGGCCCCGGGCAGCCCGACAAGGCAGGAGCCGGGGAGGGCGAUUUCUCCGCCUGGGAUCUGGAUUCUCUGUGGGACGAUUUCUCCCGAAGCCUCGCCGGCGGCAGCCACGAGUUGCUGGCCUUCCUCACCGGGGCCCGUGCGGGAUCGCAGCCAGAGGCGCCGAGCGAGCUCGACGUGGUUCUCAGAACCGUCAUCCCGAAAACAAGCCCGCUCUGCCCGCUUGCUGCUCCGAGGAGAGAAGUUGUCGUGCAAGAUGUCCUCCACGGAACUGUAACAUUUUUACCUUUGGAAGAAGAUGACAAAGGGAGCGUAAAGGUUGAGACAGACAACGUGUAUCAAAUCCGGCUGGGUCAGAGCAAAGAAGAAUGGUUCAUAUCUAUUUUAAUUUUCUGUCCAGAAAGAUGGCAUUCAGACGGAACUGUUUAUCCCAAACCUGCCUGGCUGGGGGAAGAGCUGCUGGCCAGGCUGGCCAGGUGGUCUGUGGGGAGCAAGAAAAGUGGGUUUAAAAGCACCCUGUCCCUCAUUUCCAUCAUCGAAUACAGCAAGACUUACCAGGCGCUUAAGGAGAAGCAUAAAGACAUGGUCAAGGUGUGGCCUGAAGUUACUGACCCUGAAAAGUUUGUGUAUGAAGAUGUGGCUAUUGCUGCCUACCUGCUGAUUCUGUGGGAAGAAGAAAGAGCUGAGCUGGGCCUGACAGCCAAGCAGUCCUUUGUUGACCUAGGAUGCGGAAAUGGUCUCCUGGUUCACAUCCUGAGCACCGAGGGGCACCCAGGCAGAGGGAUCGAUGUCCGAAGAAGAAAGAUCUGGGACGUGUAUGGACCGCAGACUUGCUUAGAGGAAGGUGCAAUCACACCCAGCGAUGAGACCCUUUUCCCUGACGUUGACUGGGUAAUUGGUAACCAUUCCGAUGAACUGACACCGUGGAUACCUGUGAUCGCAGCCAGGUCUAGUUACAGCUGCCGUUUCUUUGUCCUUCCCUGCUGCUUCUUUGACUUCGUGGGGAAAUACGCCCGGAGGCAGAGCAGGAAGACUCAGUACCGAGAGUAUCUCGACUUCGUGACCGAGGUGGGGCUGGCCUGCGGGUUCCACGUCCAGGAGGACUGCCUGCGCAUUCCCUCCACCAAAAGGGCCCGCAGCAGCGCUGCAGGGAGCCCUCAGCGAAUCCUCAUUUCCUUCCCAGAAACCGUUUGUCUCAUUGGGAAACGCAGAACAUACCCCCCCACCGGAGAAGCCCUCAUGGAUGAGCAGAGAACCCGGUACAUUAAUAGCAGGCAGGGCUGCCCCGUGAGCCCGCCCGGCCGGGAGCCUCCCCAUCCUCCUCCCCGGGCCGCCGUGGCACGUACGGGUCGCCCCCACGGGCGCCAGGCCCUGGACGCCGGGGCCGCCGAGGAGGGGGCAGAGGCCCGGGCCGCCGGACUCUGGCUGUCUGGAUUUCACCCUAGAGAAAAAGCCGAGCGCGUGAGGAAUUGCGCUGCCCUCCCUCGAGACUUUGUUGACCAGGUGGUUUUGCAAGUGGGACACCUGCUGUUGGAUGCAGAGCGGCCGUGCGCAGGAAGUGCUCCGAGCGGGAGCUUGAAGGCCUGGAACCGAGGAGGAAGCCUCUCCUUGGCGGACGUAGCCAGUGAGCUGGACGGGGAGACCCUGCGGAGGCUGAAGCGGGAAUGUGGAGGCUUGCAGACGCUGCUCAAAAACAACCAUCAGGUGUUUGAAGUUCGGAGCGGGCGAGUUCACCUUCGCGACUGGAGAGAGGAGAGGCUCCGGAAGCAGCGGCAGCCGGAAGCGAAACGCAGACUGCUCUCGGAAGCUUUCAAAACCCGCCUGUGCUGGUUUCUCAGCCACCACCCUGACGGCUGCGCUCUGCCUUCGGACUGCUGCCCGUUUGCCCACGGGCCUGAGGAGCUGCGGCCGGCCCAGACCCCUGGGAGGAAGCAGGUUCCGUGAGCCUCUUCCGCCCUGCAAGUGCAGGCCUGGCGCGGGGGGGGGGGGGGGGGGGGGGGGGGCCUGGGCGCGGGGAGCGCGCCGGCUCCUCCGGGGACAGCAGGCCGAGCUGGCUGGGUGAGCGGCCCCCGGAUUUCCGCCGGAGCGUGGCCUUCCAUGUCACAGACAGUCACGCCGCCACCCCGUCUUGAGUGCUGGGUCUGCGUUGUGAACGAGGUCGCCCCUAACCGUCCGGCACCUUGACCUGGGGAAGAGCGUACGGGAGUUGUUGUCGCAUCUAGCUCUGGAGGUGGGGCAAGUGCCUGGCCGCCCGGCCCUCUCAGGGGCCCCGUCCCGGCUCGCCUGACCCCUCCUGUGUGACGGCCGGCCUGCCCCACGGAGCGCGGCCCUCCUGCCGCCCCCGGCUGCGCUGGAAAUUCAGCUGCCCCGGGGGUCGGUCACCACGCAGGUAUUUUGAAAAAGCUGUAGCACAUGGUUGUGCAGGUUAUUUUUAGUUACAGAGAACAAGAAACGGCCCUCAUUUCUUUGGCUAGGUCGCUCUAGGUGACGUGAAAAAAGAACCCCAAGGAAUACAAAGCAAGGCCAGAAAACAGAAUUAUCACAGAAAGGCAAAAACUGCCCCUGCCCUUCCUUCCCUGGUAGGUUUUCUCCCAAGUGCUGUUAGUAAUUGUUUGUAUUCUGGGAAAAAAAUCCAACGUGUUUGUGUUUAAAAUUAUUUUUGGUUUUACGUGAAAGGCCACAUCGACACACACGGUCCUGCCGCUGACUUUUCGCACAGUGUACGUAUGUACCUUGGUGGCCUUUCGUCGUGUGGGUGUUCGCGGUUCACCUGUGGCAACGACAGUAAAUUCUUCCCUUUCCCUGA